GCCUCCCAAAACCUCUGAGUGACUCGUUUGUCAAAAUCGCCAUGAAGUGGUUCACUCCGCUUCUCGUGAUGUCUUUGAUCUCCUUGACCCAGUCCCUGCGCAAAGAGGACACUGAGAACGACCACUUGAGACAAAGGAGCGAGAACUUGCGGGUGGUUCAAGUCAAGCGGGUGUGCAAGAGUGAAGCUUGCCUGAUGCCGCAUCGGAAACUCUACAGUCAACGGCUCUCGAACACCUCGGUGCCCAUCAACUCGGAUGGCUCCAGGGUUCAUCCCAAUGAACUGGGCGAGCAGGUGACCAUUGGCUUCGGAACGGGCGAAAUCACCGGGGAGUUCGCCAAAGAGCGAGUCUGUUUCGGAUCCGACGCAAGGAAUGCCUCGGUCGAUGCGCUGCAAGAUGCCGUGGACUACAACCCCCUCUGUGUCGAGAUGAGCAUCAUCGUGGCCGUGGAGAUGUCCUCGCAGCCCUUCAAGAGCUUCCAAUUCGAUGGCAUCCUGGGACUGGGUCUACCUGGACUUACCAUGAGCAGGAACUUUAGCACCUUCGAUGUCAUCGUCCAUUCUGGCUUGGCAGCCCAGCCGCGUUUCGGCGUCUUCCUCUGCGACGGCGAAUUCGGGGAGCAGAGCGAAGUCUCCUUCGGCGGAUUUGAUCCGCGGCGCAUCAUGGAACCUAUCUCCUGGUCUCAAGUUGCCAUGGAGGAAUUGGGCUACUGGCAGGUGAGGAUUCGAUCGAUCCGCAUCAAUGGUGAAGUGCUCGAAGUCUGCAUGGACGGCACCUGUCGUGGCGUCCUGGACACGGGCACGUCGCAUCUGGGCAUCCCUGCGCCCUACAACAAGGACUUUGAGAAGCGACUGCAGAUGGACGCUGGGGACCUUUUAGAUUGCCGCAAUGCAGACGCUCCCAUGCUGGAGAUUGAGCUGUUGGAGGGCAAGGUUAUCACCUUAUACCCAUUCAACUACAUGCGUCGCCUGCCCCUGCGCGAUGGUGUCACAGUGGGCUCGACUGAAGGCGUGCGGCCAAAAGGCGAUGCGGCGGCGAAGGUUGCAGGCGUUGCAGGAUCUGCUCGCUUUCCCAAGGCCCGAAAGCCCUUCGGUGGAGCCAGUCACACGGCACUGCAGCCCGUGAAACUUCCAGAGCCAUUGGGCCCCAAACUCUUCAUCCUGGGUGAGCCGGUGCUGCAUCGUUACUACACCGUCUACGACUGGCAGGAGAAGAAGGUGCCCCGGGGUGAAAAAAACAUGAUGGGUUGCACAUGGUCAACAAUGCCUAUCUAUGCGAAAAGUUAA